AAAGGUACCAGAAAGCAGCUGAAGAAACAAACAUGGAAAAGAAGAGAAGCAACACUGAGAAUCUUCCCCAGCACUUUAGAAGGGGGACCCUGACUGUGUUAAAGAAGAAGUGGGAGAACCCAGGGCUGGGAACAGAGUCUCACACAGACUCUCUUCGAAACAGCAGCACCGAGAUCAGGCACAGAGUCGACCAUCCUCCUGCUCAAGUGACAAGCAACACUGCUUCUGGAGCCGAAGCUGACCGAGAGGAACAAAUUUACCCCAGACCUAAAUUCGGGUCAUCUCCUGAAGCCCACAUUCAGUAUCGGUAUCCUCGCAUCAAGGACAGUGAGGAUCUUAAAGACCACUCAACAGAGAGUAAAAAAAUGGAAAAUUGUCUGGGAGAAUCCAGGCAUGAAGUAGAAAAAUCUGAAAUCAGUGAAAACACAGAAGCUUCAGGCAAAAUAGAGAAAUAUAAUGUUCCACUGAACAGGCUAAAGAUGAUGUUUGAGAAAGGUGAACCAACUCAAACCAAGAUUCUUCGGGCCCAAAGCCGAAGUGCUGGUGGAAGGAGAAUCUCUGAAAACAGCUAUUCUCUGGAUGACUUGGAAAUAGGCCCAGGACAGUUGUCAUCUUCUUCAUUCAACUCGGACAAAAAUGAGAAUAGGCGAAAUCUGGAACUCCCACGCCUCUCAGAAACCUCCAUAAAGGAUCGGAUGGCCAAGUACCAGGCAGCUGUGUCCAAACAAAGCAGUUCAACCAACUACACAAAUGAGUUGAAAGCCAGUGGUGGUGAAGUCAAAAUUCAUAAAUUGGAGCAAAAGGAGAAUGUGCCCCCAAGUCCUGAAGUCUGCAUCUCUCAUCAGGAAGGAGAAAAGGUUUCUGCAUCUGAAAAUAGCCCGGCAACCCGUUCCACCCCUGCUGAAGAUGACUCCCGUAACUCCCAGGUUAAGAGUGAGGUCCCACGGCCUGUCCAUCCCAAGCCGCUAAGUCCAGAUGCCAGAGCCUCCAGCCUUUCUGAAAGUUCUCCUCCCAAAGCAGUGAAGAAGUUUCAGGUACCUGCAAGAGAGACCUGUGUGGAAUGUCAGAAGACAGUCUACCCGAUGGAGCGUCUCUUGGCCAACCAGCAGGUGUUUCACAUCAGCUGCUUUCGUUGCUCCUAUUGCAACAGUAAACUUAGUCUAGGAACAUAUGCAUCUCUACAUGGGAGAAUCUAUUGUAAGCCUCACUUCAAUCAACUCUUUAAAUCUAAAGGCAACUAUGAUGAAGGCUUUGGGCACAGACCACACAAGGAUCUGUGGGCAAGCAAAAGUGAAAACGAAGAGACUAUGGAGAGACCAGCCCAGUUUCCAAAUGCAAGGGAGACCCCUCAGAACCCAGGGGUAGAAGAUGCCCCCAUUGCCAAGGUGGGUGUGCUGGCUGCAAGUAUGGAAGCCAAGGCCUCCUCUCAGCAGGAGAAAGAAGACAAGCCAGCUGAAACCAAGAAGCUGAGGAUUGCCUGGCCUCCCCCAACUGAACUUGGCAGUUCAGGAAGCACCUUGGAGGAAGGGAUCAAAGUAUCGAGGCCCAAAUGGCCUCCUGAGGAUGAAAUGAGCAAGCCUGAAACUCCUGAGGAUGUAGAUCUGGAUCUGAAGAAGCUAAGACGAUCUUCCUCUCUGAAGGAAAGAAGCCGCCCAUUCACUGUAGCAGCUUCAUUUCGAGCCACUUCUGUCAAGAGCCCAAAAACUUUGUCCCCACCUAUGAGGAAAGGCUGGAGCAUGUCAGAGCAGAGGGAGGAGUUUGCAGGAGGAAUAGUAGCAGAGAGGAAACAAGUGGAAAAUGCCAAGGCCUCCAAGAAGAAUGGGAAUGGGGAAAAAACAACCUGGCAAAACAAGGAAUCUAAAGGAGGAGAGGGAGGGAGAAGUCAGGAGGUUCAAAGCUUUGAGAUGGGGAAUGAGAACCUUGUAGAAAAUGGUGCAAACUUAGAUGAGAAUGAUAGCAACUUCCUCAAACAGCAGUCUCCACUAGAACCCAAGUCUCCAAAUUGGUCCAGCUUUGUAGAUGACACUUCUGCUAAAGAAUUCACUACUCAGAAUCAGAAAUCCCAGGAUGUGGGAUUCUGGGAGGAAGAAGUGGUCAAAGAGCUCUCUGUGGAAGAACAGAUAAAGAGAAAUCGGUACUACGAUGAAGAUGAGGAUGAAGAAUGAUAAAUUACAAUGGUGCUCGGCCUUAAAUUCAUGUUAGUGUUAGUGAGCCACUGCCCUU